AUGGGCGUUAACGGUCUCUGGACCGUGAUCCAGCCGUGUGCACGGCCUACCAAUCUCGCAACGCUCAAUCGGAAGCGUCUUGCCGUUGAUGCUUCGAUAUGGAUCUAUCAGUUUCUCAAAGCUGUUCGCGAUAAAGAAGGCAAUGCGCUUCGCAACUCUCAUAUCGUGGGAUUCUUCCGGCGCAUCUGCAAGCUCCUCUGGUUUGGCAUUCUGCCGGUCUUUGUAUUCGAUGGCGGCGCCCCAGCACUGAAGAGAGCAACCAUCCAGAAGCGCAAGCAGAGACGUGAAGGAAGACGAGAAGAUGCCAUCAGGACGGCAGGAAAGCUUCUUGCCAUCCAGAUGCAGCGCCUUGCCGAAGAGGAGGAAGAAAAACGCAGGAAAGAGAGUGAAAGACCACGAGCAUCGAGAGCGGUGGAAGAGGAAGAGGAAGUCAUUCCCGAUGCCAGCAAAUUGGUCUAUGUGGAUGAGAUUGGAAUGUCUCAGCAGGAGAGAAUGCGGAACCGCAAGUUCUAUAAGCAGGAUGCGUAUCACUUGCCCGAGCUUGAAAACGGCAUAGCAUCAAUGGGAAAACCAGACGAUCCUCGAAUCAUGAGCGUGGAAGAGCUGGAAGAGUAUGCGCGCCAAUUCAAUAACGGAGAGGAUAUCAAUCUGUAUGACUUUAGCAAGAUUGAUUUUGACGGCGACUUCUUCAAAAGCCUUCCGCCGCCGGAUAGAUACAAUAUUCUCAAUGCUGCUAGACUAAGGAGUCGUCUGAGAAUGGGCUUGAGCAAGGAACAGCUUGACGACAUGUUCCCCGAUCGCAUGGCGUUCUCGAGAUUUCAAAUCGAGAGAGUUAAGGAGAGGAAUCAUCUCACACAGCGGCUCAUGUAUGAAGUCGGGAUGUUAGGAACUGAUUUGACACUCAAUUUCAAUGCUCGAAUCGCUGGAGAAAAGGAUCGAGAGUAUAUCCUAGUCAAGAAUGAAGGCGUAGAGGGAGGCUGGGCGCUCGGAGUAGUCAGCAAGGAGAAGGAUGUUGGAGAAGCUCACAAGCCGAUCGAUGUGGACGCCAUCCAAUUUCAAUAUCAGACAAAAGAAGAGGAGAGCGAAGAGGAAGACGAUUUCGAAGAUGUGCCAAUUGUGGGCAUUAACCGAUUACCCAAAAUAUCACAGUCUGCUGCUGCAGGUCUUGAGGCUGCUCAAGAUAUCAAUACUGCUGGCGAGGGCUCCCUAUUUGUUGAUGGACAGGUAGAACCAACGGUGAACUUGCUCGACGAACAGCCUACGGAACCGAUGCAUCCUGAAGAAGAGCAUGAUCUCAAUCUCGCUAUUGCUCUAUCAUUACAAAAUCAACACGGGAUUGGCCAGGAGACCGACGAGGGAUCAGAUGUCGAGGAUGAAUCUCGAGAGAAGCCAGAGUGGACCCAAGUCGCGGUGGAAGCACCUAAACCUAUUAUUGGCCGCGGCGGGGGCUCAAUGAUUGCGCAUAUUGUAAACAAUAGAGCCAAUGCUGCCGUUCCAAAACGACAAGAAACCCCAAUCACAAUGGAAAGGGAAAAAGACAGUGAUAGCGAGGACGAUAUGCAAGCGGUUCUGGCCAAAUCUCGAAAGAUGAAAAAAGCUCAGCCGAAGCCAGUAUUCGAAAACAAAAAGAAUCCAUUUGAUGGACCUCUUCCGUUCCCCAAAUUAGAUUGGGGAUCUUCCCUGUUUGCGAAGAAAAAGGUGCCAGAGGAGAAGCCGAUCGUGGUGACGGCUGGUGGAGAUGCUGGACCAGAGGAAGAGGAAAAGGAAGACGAAACAGGUGGUGGCUUUGAGACCAAAGCACAGAAAGAAGAUGGUCCUAAACCGCUCCCUCCUUGGCUAGUGGAUAACGACACGGAUAUCCGAGAGGCCAUUCAGCAACAGAAAGAUGUCGAAAGAGAGAUCAAUGCUCAAGAUAGAGCAGAAAUGGAAGAAGAGGAAAGGCUUCGGAAACGAGAGCUGAGAGAUCAACUGAUUGAGAUUGAAUCUUCAGACGAAGAAGAUGGUAGUGAUGAUGUGACAAUCGUCGAAAUACCUCCUUCACCUGAACCGGUACCAAUUCUCAGCCCCGCGAAGAUUGGAGAAAGCAAAGAAGAAGAUGCAAGCAUGGAAGAGUUUGCUGCUGAAUCAACCGCUCCUGAGAAUAAGGAGGAAGAUGGUGAUGAAUCACCAGAGCCAGAGUUUGAAGACCUUCCUAUAAUUGAGGCUCCCAGUGCUCCAGUUGUACCUAUUAUGGAAAAAGAAACACAAAACGGCCAUGAGUCGCCGGAGCCUGAAUUUGAAGAUGUUGAGCCAUCAGAAAGAACUUUGAUUCAAGAACAUCUACCAGAUGAGUCCGUUUUGUUUGAGGAUAUAUCUCCGGAUCAACCUCCAGUGGAGGCUUUUCCUGCGAACACCACAAUUACAGACGAAGAGCUCUUUGGCGGUGAGGAAUACGAUGAAUUCAGCGACCCUGAAGACGAGGAGCUAUUGGCACAAAUGGCUGGAGAAGCAGAGGAACACGCUCGGUUCGCCAGCGAACUGAACAACAAAUCAACUGAACAGAACAGGGAAGAUUACGAAAGAGAACUGAGAGCUCUUCGAAGCCAACAGAAGAAAGAUCGUCGUGAUGCAGACGAAGUGACACAGACGAUGAUUACAGAGUGUCAAGCUUUGCUUCGCCUCUUUGGUAUCCCUUAUAUCACUGCGCCCAUGGAAGCAGAAGCGCAGUGUGCAGAGCUCGUCCGACUGAACAUGGUAGACGGCAUAGUGACAGAUGAUUCAGAUACCUUCCUUUUUGGAGGAACGCGAGUUUACAAAAACAUGUUCAACAGCAACAAAUUUGUCGAAUGCUAUGUCGGCGCAGAUCUCGACAAGGAACUGUCUUUAUCUCGGGAACAGCUCAUCUCUCUCGCUCAGCUUUUGGGGUCGGAUUAUACAGAAGGACUACCUGGAGUCGGUCCCGUCACGGCCGUGGAAAUCCUAUCCGAGUUUCCCGGCAAGGAUGGGCUUGAUCAAUUCCGCGAGUGGUGGCGUGACGUUCAAUCCUCAGUGCGAUCCAAGGAGGCCGAUGCUUCUUCUUCUUUCCGACGCAAGUUCCGCAAGUCACAAGCAACAAAGCUCUUCUUGCCAGUUGCCUUCCCCAGUCCAGCCGUCUACGAAGCCUACCUCCAUCCUGUGGUCGAUAGCAGCACGGAGCCGUUUCAGUGGGGCGUGCCUGAUGUAGCGGGACUGAGAGAAUACCUCAUGGCCACAAUUGGUUGGAGCAAAGAGCGCACAGACGAGGUACUUGUGCCGGUCAUUCGGGAUAUGAAUAAGCGAGAGAUUGAAGGAACGCAGAGCAACAUUACGAGAUUCUUUGGAGGGAGUGUGGGAGCUGGCGCCAGGGAGACGUUUGCACCCAGACAGAGAGUUCAAGGAAGCAAGCGGAUGGCGGCUGCGGUGGAUAGACUGAGGGCGAAUAUUGCUGGUGAGGGGGCGGCUCCGGAGGUUGAUGAGAGCUCAGGGGCUAACAAGCGGAGGAAAACAACCAGAAGGAAGUAA